AUGCCUUGGGACAUCUAUCGCCAGCUCUGUCCGUCCAGAGCCCUCCCUCCACCUCGCCAAGCCACGGUGCGCACCCUCUACGACCCCAGCGCGCCACCAACGGCCAACGUCCUCGACCCUAGUGCCCUAAUCCUCUACUUUGCCGGCCCCAGGACCGUCACAGGCGAUGACGUCCUCGAGCUCCAUGUGCACGGCGGCCAGGCCACCGUCAAGGCCGUCCUCGCCGCCAUUCCAAGGUGCGCCAGUGCCUCGGUGGCCGUCGUCCGCUACGCUGAGCCGGGCGAGUUCACGCGCCGCGCCUUCCUCAACGACCGCCUCGAUCUCACGCAGGUCGAGAGCCUGGGCGACACCCUGGCCGCCGACACGGAGCAGCAGCGCCUGGCCGCCGUCAGGGGCUCAUCUGGCGCCCUGGGCCGCACCUACGAGGAAUGGCGCGCGACGUUGCUGGCAGCGCGCGCCGAGCUCGAGGCCUUGAUCGACUUUUCGGAGGACCAGCACUUUGACGAGUCCCCCGCCGAGCUGCUGCGCAACGUCAGUGGGGCUUGUCGUCGAGAUCCUCGAGGGCAUCCGCAGCCACGAGGGCCGCCGGAGCGCCGAGCGAGCUUCUGA